AUGGCCGACGAUUUCGAGGCGCCGUGGGUUGAAAAGUACCGACCGCGCCUUCUAGCGGACGUCGUGGGCAAUCGCGAUACAAUCGCAAGUUUGCAGGCUAUGGCAAAGAUGGGAAACAUGACAAAUUUGAUCCUCGCUGGCCCACCAGGAACUGGAAAGACCACAAGUAUUUUGUGUCUAGCACGCGAGUUACUCGGUACUAGCGUAAAGCAGGCGGUACUAGAGCUUAAUGCAUCAGAUGAUCGUGGUAUCGACACGGUUCGUAGCAAGAUUAAGAUGUUUGCACAACAAAAAGUGACGCUACCUCCUGGCCGCCAUAAGAUUGUCAUUCUGGAUGAGGCCGACUCUAUGACCGCCGCAGCUCAGCAAGCAUUACGUCGUACCAUGGAGAUCUUUUCGGCUACAACUCGAUUCGCACUGGCUUGCAACAAUUCAACAAAAGUUAUUGAACCUAUUCAGAGUCGUUGCGCUAUAUUGCGUUUCACACGGCUACCGGACGAGAUGCUCCUACGUCGUCUACUGACUGUAUGUCAACAGGAGAAUGUUGGCUACAAUGAGGAAGGACUUGCUGCACUCAUUUUUACAGCAGAAGGUGACAUGCGCAAUGCGCUUAAUAAUUUACAGGCUACAGCAAGUGGAUUUAAUUUUAUCAGUGAUGAAAACGUGUUUAAAGUUUGCGACCAACCUCAUCCAGCUGUUGUACGUGAGAUCUUAAAUCAUUGUGCUGCUGGAGAGAUUGAUGGAGCUGAGAAGCAGGCAAUUGCAUUAUGGAAAAGUGGUUAUUCGUCGUUAGAUAUCAUUGGAACAAUUUUCAGAGUAUGCAAGGCGCUGCCAAUGGAGGACGAGAAAUUGAAAUUGGAAUUUAUUAAGCGUAUUGGCACCACUCACAUGUGCAUUGCUGACGGAGUGUCAUCUCUACUGCAAAUCCAUGGACUUGUGGCUCGGCUGUGCUCUGUCGCAUUGGCUUUAAAGACAAAACCUUGA